AUGAAACCUCUGUUUCAUUCAUCUUCUUUUUGCUUUUUCUCUGUGUCACUUUUGAUGAUCUUCGUCAUAAAUAUUCCAACGUGUCUAUGCGAGGAUGAUGAGUACAUGAACUGUAACACAGCUUUUUCCUGUGAAGACAAUACGAAAGACCUCAAGUAUCCGUUCUGGGGAGGAAACAGAGAAAGUUAUUGUGGUGGUGUUGCUGAUGGUAUUAAUACGGAGCUUACAUGCGAAAAUAAACUUUCAAAGAUCACAAUUAAUAGUGUUAAGUAUCGUAUUCUUGAGUGGGAGAAUACGACACAGAAACUCACUGUCGCUAGGGACGAUUACGCAAGUCGUAAUGUUUGUGCUGUGGAUACUAAUAUCGAGAGAAGCUCAUUUGAAUACACUCAAUUUCAACUUAACAGUAAUGAGUUUGCUAACUUGACUCUCUUAUACGGUUGCAAUGUUGUACCUGGAACUUUACCGAAUCCCUUUUAUGAUAUUGGCUGCGGCCAAAGUAAAUAUGUUGUCUUCACUGUUGUUUAUUCUGCUUCAUUCCCUGCCUGCACUCCAACUCGCAAGGUCGUGAUUCCAAUUCUGGGAAACCUAGCUGCGCAACUGGGAUCUGGAAUUGGAAUACUCGGUGAUGUAUUACAAGAUUCCUUACAAAAAGGUUUUGAUUUGAAAUGGACUGGAAAUUAUUCGGAGUGCCAGAGUUGUGUAGCUUCUGGUGGAGCGUGUGGAAAUGGAGAUACUCAAUUCAGAUGUUUCUGCGAUGAUGGAGCUCACGCAACUUCAUGCGAUUCACCAGUGCUCCCGACCUCAAGUAUGUCUAUAAUAUCACUUUCUCCGCUCUUUUUUUCCUUCUUUGAAAGCUCAAUGUUUUAA